UCGACCUAUCUUUGUGUAUUGAAAAUAUUUCCAGGAUCAACCUGUUUAUCUGAUAAGGGCAAUAAGGAAGAAACAACCGUUACUGAUUAACUCCAACAGACUUUACACUGCAGCCUUCGAUAUUCAACAAGAAGCCCAGUCCCUCUUUCAAAAGGGUUACGUUUUGUUUCCGGCAGCUGUGUCACAAUGAGCGACAUUUCAGAAGACGAUAACGAGAUCUCCUUCUCGUUGAAGUUUCUUGGCCGAGUUAAGGUGGGUCGCCCUGGUGGACUGCAGACCCUGGAUGACGCCAAUCAGGACUUAAAGAAACCACAGAAUCACAACUUAGAAAAGGCAGCGAAGAAGAGCAAAGUCCAUUUCUUCCUGACGAUGAGCGGGAUAGACAUUUUAGAAAACAAAACCAAGUUUUUGGUGUACUCGUGCCCUCUGACCAGCAUUUCCUUCUGUGCCGUGAUCCCAACUUCACCCAAAGUCUUUGGCUUUGUGGCGCAAAACCCUGCUGCAGACACGUACUACUGUUAUCUGUUCCAGAGCACGAAGUUUUCUCAUGUGCUGGUGUCCUUAAUCGGGGACGCCUGCCGAGCUUCAAAAACUGAGAAAAACACCAGGGGAAACCGAGAUCUGAAAGUGGAAGCACUCAGACAUAAGAAUAAACUGCUGCAAAGAGAGAAUGAGGAGCUGAAGAGGAAGCUUUUACAGCAGACUGAUGCUUAAUAAUCUAAGCUGUAGCACCUGUACACACAUGAACACAAAAAUACUCUUUCACAUCCCUUUCUCUGUGUUUUGAGAUUUACACAAAGUGUUUCUUCAGGAAAUUCUCAAGCAGGUUGAUUGAUCACAGUUAAGGGAAGGACGAAUGGAAAAAUUACAUUGAUAAUAAAGUCUCAGUUGACAAAAAAAUAUUUAUUGUUUAAAGCACUUCUGUUGUCUUUUUAUCUCUUUAUGAGGUCUUUUAUAUAUAUCGAGUCCAUUUUAGAUGCAUUAUCUGGAUCCAUUAGAGGGCGACAGUGAGCUCGCCAACUAUCAUCCAACUACCGAGAAAUAGACGGGUGCGUUUACAUCGAUUCAGAGUGUCGGAAUAAUUAAUUUUCAUUGUUGUGCUUCACUGAUUAAACAAAUAAAGUCAUGAGAAAUUUG